AUGAAAUUAGCCUUAGUGUUAUUAGCACUAAUUGGACUCUCUUAUGGAAUCUCAUCAAAAAUAAGUCAUGUUAAAAAAUUAGAAGAACUCUAAAGAACUAAACUAGGCAAAACCAUUUUAAAUCUCGUCAAUCUACACUCAUUAGUUUAGGGACCAAUUUAGGAACUUAUAGAAACUAUUGAAGAAUUAGUAAAAAAGAGUAUAAUAAUAGAUCGAAGAUAUAAAAAAUAAUAUAGAUGAUAAUUAUUACAAAUUUUAGAUGCGAACAAAUGAGCACAACUUAUAUAUAAGUCAAGUUAACUAACAAUUAUAAGAUGCUGAUUAAGAAAUUGCAAGAAUGAUUGAUGUUAUAGAUAAUUUACUUAUUCCUAGAAGUGAUUAAAUUACCAUUAGAAUUUAAUCCUUAAUUGAAAAUGAUGAGUUUAAUCGAAAAAACCUAGAUGAAAUAAAUUUGCUUAGACAAUUAGAAAAUUAAGCUUUCUUACAAUAAAUUUAAGAAGAUAAUGAUGCUAUUGAUGCAACUGAUGAUGCUAUUAGUUUAGUAAGUUCUUUAUCAACUCCAUCUUUAUUAUAAAUCAAGAAUAUUAAAUUCACUCUCAAAAGAUUAUCAUAAAAAUAAUGGAAUCGAGUUAAUUAAGGUCCUAUGGUAUUAGCAUUACUUCAAAUUGCAAUUAAUUAGAAUUUUGCUGAUUAAGAUAUUCUAAAAUAAAUAAUUGAUGCUUUAAAUGAAUUUAGAAAUUCAAUAGUAGAAGCUAUGAAUGAUUUAUCUAAACAAGAAUAAAUCAAUUAGUAAGAAUUUUUAGAAAGAUUAGAUUAAUUGGAAGAUGAACAUCAUGAAUUCCAAAAAUAAAUUAGCUAAGCAUAAGUUGAUUUAGAUGCAACAAUUUGUAAUUUAUAUCUUAAUAAAUAUUUAGAAAAAUUAAAUGAUAGUAAUCAAUUCCUAAUACAAAAAUAGGCUGAUAGAAUAUAAUAUUAAUAAUAAUUAGAUCUAGAAAAUGAAACUUAUGCUGUUGAUAUUGAUAUUUAUAAUUAAAUCUCCACCGAACUGGAAAGAGAGUUACCUAUAGCAGAAUAAGGAUUAUCACUCAUAAAUUCAGCUGAUUUUUCUGAUAUUAAAAUAUGA